CUCCCUUCCCAAGCCGAACUCCAGCAUAAGUGGAGGUCGCCGCAUCGCCGUUGCCAGCAACUCUCAACAUCACAUCCUCCAUCAAGGAACUGAGAAUCUUCAAUUGUUCGAGAUAUCACCAUGCCGGGGACUUCGAGGAUUCCUAUCAGCCUGCGCAACACCAUUGCCGCGAAGACCGGCGGCUCGGGUACCCAGCUUCUCUCGCUGAACAUCGACCUGCUGCGCAAUAUCAUUUUCUUCCUCUUUCUGUGGAGGUGGACGAAGAAGGCGUACCUGAAACUCAAGGGCAGGGGAUUCGUUGGUUCGACUAUCGAUGGCUACGUUUCGGUCCGACGGAGGCUGUAUGGGCUCUUCCUGAGGGCGCCGGGUGUGCGCACCCAGGUUCAGAAACAGGUCGAUGAGGCGAUCACAAAGCUGCAGGCGAAGCUUAUACAAUCCGGACCCGGCAUAACGAGACACCUGACUCUCCCCAAGGAGGGCUGGACCGACGAAACAGUGCAGAAGGAGCUGGAAACCCUCGCCAACAUGGACCAUACCAAGUGGGAAGACGGAUACGUGUCUGGUGCUGUGUACCACGGCGGCGACGACCUGAUAAAGCUACAGACGGAGGCCUUCGGAAAGUUCACCGUCGCCAAUCCUAUCCACCCGGAUGUCUUCCCUGGCGUCCGAAAGAUGGAGGCUGAGAUCGUCGCAAUGGUCCUGGGGAUCUUCAAUGCGCCGCCCGGAGCCGCAGGUGCCACCACAAGCGGCGGCACCGAGUCGAUCCUUAUGGCCUGCCUCAGCGCCAGACAAAAGGCCUACGUUGAGCGUGGUGUCACUGAACCCGAGAUGAUCCUCCCCAACACCGGCCACACCGCGUUCCACAAAGCCGGCCACUACUUCGGAAUCAAAGUCCACCUCGUCGCCUGCCCCGCCCCAUCCUAUCAAGUCUCCAUCCCUGCCGUCUCGCGCCUCAUAAACAGCAACACGAUCCUCCUCGUCGGCUCCGCCCCCAACUUCCCCCACGGCAUUAUCGACGACAUCUCCACGCUCUCCAAGCUCGCCGUGGCCAGCCGCAUCCCCCUCCACGUCGACUGCUGCCUCGGCUCCUUCCUCGUUCCCUUCCUCGGGGCCGCUGGCUUCCCCGCACCGCUCUUCGACUUCCGCCUCCGUGGCGUCACUUCCAUCUCCUGCGACACCCACAAGUACGGUUUCGCGCCUAAGGGAAACAGCACCGUCCUCUACCGCUCUGCGAAGUUGCGCACAUACCAGUACUUUAUCGCGCCAGACUGGUCGGGCGGUGUCUACGCUUCCCCUAACAUGGCGGGAUCCCGCCCCGGCGCCCUGAUUGCGGGGUGCUGGGCCAGUUUGAUGCGUGUUGGUGAGGCUGGUUACAUUGCCUCGGCGCACGAGAUUGUCGGCGCAGCGCGCUCCAUCGCGGACGCCGUGCGCACCAAUCCCUCUCUCUCCACUGAUCUCCAAAUCGUAGGCGAGCCCCUCGUCAGCGUCGUCGCAGUACGCAGUUCCACCCUCGACAUCUACGACAUCGCCGACGGCAUGUCCGCGAAGGGCUGGCACCUGAACGCCCUCCAGAACCCGCCCGCUGUGCACAUGGCCGUCACGCUCCCUGUUGCGAAGGUGUGGCAGAAGUUUAUCACUGAUCUCGAGGCCGUCGUGGAGGCGGAGCGCGAGAAGGAGCGCGAGAGGGCGGUGAAUGGGCGGAAGAAGGGGGAGGCGAGGGGGGAUAGCGCAGCGCUUUAUGGGGUGGCGGGGAGCCUGCCGAAUAAGAGUGUUGUGGUGGAGUUGGCGGGGGGUUUUUUGGAUACACUUUAUAAGGCGUAG